UGCGCGCGUAAUAGUUCUGCAUAAAAUGUUUAUCAUAUUCGAGAUACAAAGGAGCACUUUUACUAAGAAUUCUUGUUGGUAAUCGAAUUAAAUUUUCAUUUAUAAUUAUUAGAACAUGUUCAUAAUUAUACUUGAUACUUUACUUUAAGGGAAUAUUUCUAUUCGAAUGUAUACAUUGUAACGUGAAUAGUUCGAUAUAAAUAACAUGUUGCUUUUAAAAAUAGCAUUAACAGUAUUGGAAAUUUAAUAACACUUUUUGAAUCCGAGUAAAAUAUCGAUAGUUAUCGAUCGACCAUUACACCCAAUGAUAACUAUAGACAACUUCACGAUAGUGUGCCGUUGAAGAAAUGGCGGAUUGUUUUUACGUGGGGGGAGUUGUAAAAAUCUGAGCGCGAGACAUGUGGGUGUUGUGACGAUUCACGAAGGAGCAAGAAAUUAAAGAUUUCUUUCCGGCAUGAACGACCCUUAUUGGGAACCAUUGGCUGACGUCUAUAUCGGGGAACAGACAGAGUUCCCUGACCCUGAUAAUUACAUUUAUUGUCUUUGCAGCAGAAUAUUUAUUCGAAAUCCAGAAAUAUAUUCUGUUCCUGCUUUAGAGGAUGCAAGUGCAGGUGAAGAUGUUGAAGGUGAUUGUGUUGGAGAAAUGUUAGACCUUCAUAAAAGGUCUACCAUAGAAGCACAAUCCAUUGAGAAACAUGAUGAAGAACCGGUGAGCUGUUACUGCAGUGCAUCACACACAGACAACAAUUAUUCCACAGAUGAACAUGACUCCGUUCGUGACUCUGCUCAUCGCCCUGCCACGCAUUCCCUUACGCAUAAAUUGGGUCUGCACCAAUCAGAUUCCGGAGCAGACCUAUCCGAAUAUCAUGAUCAACACGAGGCUAAAAGCAUACAAAAUCUUUUGGCAUCUUACGGAAAGACUUUCCAAACCACAGAGACUGAAUUGGAAGAUGAAUUUGAAAAAGUGAAUGUACUUCCAGAGACUCAAGAAGACAAGCAAUUAGAGCUGCAAUCUGAAUUAACAGACAUUCACUCAUCAGAUCAUCAUCUUGCAGAAAAUAUUAAAGUUUUAAGUAUUAAUCCCUCCAGUUGUAACGAAAAGAAGUUUCAUACAGAAAGCCCGUCAUUUAUUUUAGGAAGUAAAGAUUCUGAAACACAAAAUACUUCAAAAAAUGUAUCUACUAAUGAUGCUCAGACUUAUAGGGAAAAUGUUUCAUAUACAUAUAAUUCUCAUGCUUAUCCAUACUCUAUGUAUCGACAAACUAAGAGUGCAAUGGACAUUGCAUGGGAGAAGUAUUGGUCACAAAAUGGUGAACAAUUAAUUUGGACAUCAUGGAUCAGAAAGUAUGCAGAUUAUAUAAACCCAGAAUACUUGCAACAAAAUGCUCAUUUAAUAGAUGAAAAAGUAGAAGCAAGAGAAACUAUAGAGAAGUUUUCAGAACAGAACACAUGUUUUCCUAGUCAAGCGCACAGAAAUUGUGAACUUGGACGCUCAAAUUUUGAAGGGAUAUUUAGUAAAACUACUAACGCAGACGGUCACGAAAUUAAAGCAAAAGACACUUAUAGCGUUAAUUUUUCAUUUGAUGAUAUAAGCAAACAGGAGAUCAAUGAUAAAGAUGCAGAAGAAAAUAGAAGGCGAAUGACGAGUAUCGAAACACCGCCUGAAACCGGAGAUGGAUGGAAUCCGUUAAGUCCAUUUAGUUUAGAGGAAAGCUAUAAUCAACAGUCCAAUGCGGAAAACGAAAGACUUUUGACGAGAUGUGAUUCCAUUAACGAGUCGAUAGCAAAGACGAAUGCGACCUCGGAUUCCAUGACUAACGUUACAAAAAUGACCCUUACUAGUUCUAGCUGCGAUUCUAUUUCCAUGCAUUCAUCUAGUCUUAUCAGUUCUGUAACUAGUUCCAUUGAAAGCAAUAUAACAAGCACCAGUUCUGAUCAGGACCAUGAGUAUGCACCAGAAGAUAACGAUAGGUAUUGGCAGCAUUUGUGGAAAGAAAAUUUUCAAAUAGAGUACCACAGGCAUUACGAAUUAUUCAUAGAAAGUUAUAAAAGGGAACAUUCUGAUAUGGGUAUCGAAAGUUACUGUGUAAAACACAAGAACGAAGAAAGCAACGGAAGUAUAGAUCCAGAUUUUACGCAAGUAGAAAUAGAUAAACUGAAUAUAUCCGAACACAAAAACGCCUCUAAUAAGUUAACUUAUUGCAAACGAGAAAAGACACGGAAGAAAAGAUUGGUUAUAGAAUCUGUAGGAGCACUCGUACAGAAUUUAGCAACAAAAUCGGAUAACAAUGAUAGUAGUCAGAAUGAAAAUAAAGAAGGUAAUGAAAAUGUAAGUUCAUCCGAGAAUAAACACAAUGAUCAGGCUGCACUUAUACAAAAUGAAAAUAACUCCAUUAGUUGUAAUCACACUGGUAGCAAUAAUAGUAUUCAACGAAAUUAUUCGAACGAAGGAGAUGGAGACAAGCCUCAUGACGAUAAACCUAUAACAUUGAAAAGAAGCCAUGAGACCGACUGCGAUGAUGUAGAAGAACGUCUGGAAACAGUGAAGAAAGCAUUUUCAUUAAUGGGAUACGCAUUUAAUGAAAACCGCAAGGAAUUAAAAUUAAAAGGAGAAGUAGUUUAUAGGAAGAAAAAUAUCAGAUCACAAAAUAGGCAACUGAAAAUGAAAUUUCAUGGGCCCAAGCAUACAAACAAGCAUAUUUACUUUGAUGAUAAUGGAAUGGAAAUUACUAACACUAUAGAUAAAGUAAAUUGGUUUUUAAAUAAUAUAAAUUACAAAGAUAUUUAUAUAAGAAAUAAUACACCUUUUUUUUAUUUACUUCAGGUCAAGCAUUACUUGUCAUAUUGUCCAGCUUUAUUAUCAUCGGAAACUGACUUACAGCCUCCUGAAGAUGGUUCCUACAAAGCACAAUUUACAUCAAGUUCUGAUGAAGAGUGCAAUCCUAGUCUUAAUAUCAAGUUGCAAACGAGACGAUUUGUAUUUAGCAAGCCAAGCACAAGUUCAAUCGAAUCGGGAGCAGAUAAAAGGCAAAUCGACGACGCAAGCGAUUCGUGGAAUGUGUCUGAUAAGCAAGAUGAUGUUUUUAAAAGUAUCGAAGAAGAUAACAAUUUAUAUUUUGAUCAAGAUGAAAGCAGCUCUGCUAGAUGUACAUUAGAAAACCAGCCUGUGAAAGAUAACGAAAAAGUUGAUUUCGCAAAUGUCAAUAUGGAUGUAGAUGAAAAAUAUAAUCACAACGAAAUACAAACUAUGGAAUUGUCUGAUGAGGAUAAUGUGAAGAAAACACAGAAGAAGAAACGAAGGAAGCAAUCUAAAAGAAAUAUAAGUCUCCCAGUAGAAAUAGCUAAUGACAAGGCUUUAAUGAAGUAUUGGCUAAAAAGAUAUCGAUUAUUUAGCAAGUUUGAUCAAGGCAUUAAGUUGGAUCGUGAAAGCUGGUACUCUGUAACGCCGGAAAAAGUUGCUGAGUAUAUAGCUGAAAGGUGCAGAUGUGAUACAAUAAUCGAUGCAUUUUGUGGCGUAGGUGGAAAUGCUAUUCAAUUUGCUUUCACUUGUGAAAGAGUAUUAGCAAUAGACAUAGAUCCAGUUAAAAUUGAAUUUGCUCGAAACAACGCUCGAAUCUACGGAGUCGAUGACAGAAUAGAAUUUAUUGUUGGAGAUUUUCUUCAACUUGCACCAAAGUUAAUCGCAGAUGUUGUAUUUCUAAGUCCUCCGUGGGGAGGGCCUAGUUAUGCAAAGAAUGAAACUUUUGAUCUCAAUAACGUUAUGCAACCCAUUGGUGGAACAAAAGUAUUUGAAAUAGCAAAAGAAAUCACAGAUCAUGUGGCCUACUUUCUACCUAGAAAUGUAGAUACUAUGCAGCUUGCCAUGUUAGCCGGAGUAGGUGGUGGUGUAGAAGUGGAACAGCACUUUCUUGACAGGAAGUUGAUAGCAUUAACGGCUUAUUAUGGCGAACUGCCCAGAGACUAUUAGAUGUGAUAUGAUGUGUAAUUUACGAGAAGAUUCCCGUCGGUGGCUUGAAAGAAAAAGGAACUUCUCACAUUUCUCGGAUCACUAGCUGUAAAUAAUAACUCGUAUCAAUUUGCUUAGGCUACUCCGAAAGAAGCAGAAUUUUUAUUUUCAUUUAAUACCUUCUUACAAAAUGCAUAUAAAAAGACAUCGGUUGUAUACUAUAGUUUACCAAUAUAUUUUUUAAAUCUUUCUACUGAACCUUUUUUUUAUGAGUAAUGUGAUUAUAAAUCGAUCAGUUACCAUUCUUACAAUUUUUGCACUUAAGCAAAUUGAUAUAGAAAACUGAAAUCGUGGGAACGUAUUUGUGAAGUUCAACAGUUAAUAUAUGAACAUUCUCGAAAAUCCAUAAAUUCAUUCUUCCAUACUAAUGAUAAGUGUUAUUUUUAUCUGGUGACUAAUCAAGUCAAAAAAUACCAGAACGUUUCUUUUUUUCGUCAAUCAUGUAAAAUAUUAUUUUAAUCUUACUACGAAUCACACGAAAGAUUGUGAUUUACAUUUUACAACGGUUUCCACACUAUUAUUUUACAAUUUUUAUGUACACUUCUACUAAUUUACUAUUAAUUAUCAAUAAAUACAUUUAAAAUAUUAAAAAAUGUUCUAGUAUAUAACAAUCUAUGUUUACAAUUUUAACAAAAAUUAAUAUAAAAACAACUACAAAAUUAAUCGUUUUCAGCGUAUAAAGUGUUACUUGAA